AUGAUAGCUCGAGUUGCGCUGAAUUUCGAAUACAUUUUCUUCCGGUCUCUCAUUGGCAAAAGUUUUUUGACGAAUCGUUGUUACUAUAGGCUCAGUUAUGGAACUGAGUUCCCCGAGAAAUAA